AUGGUCGCCCUCUCUGUAUCUCUGCCCUCGGCAGCCGUCCUGCUCCCUCUCUUCAUCCAGGCCUCGUCCGCCCAGUCCUCCGGCACAUUCAACUUUUUGACCUACAAUGUCGCUGGACUGCCCCCCAUCUUCAACGACAACGGUGUGCCGGGCGACAAGGGCACCAACUCCAACCUGAUCGGUGCCCAGCUCGCCAAGGGUGCCUAUGACAUUGUGCACAUGCAGGAGGACUUCAACUACCAUGCGUACAUCUACGCCACGGACAACCAUCCCUUCCGCACGCCCACCACGGGGGGUGUCCCCUUUGGCAGCGGCCUGAACACGGUGGCCAACUUUGACUGGGACAACUUCCAACAGGUCAAGUGGAACAAGUGCAAUCUCAACUCGGGGGACUGCCUCACUCCCAAGGGCUUCUCGUACAUGCGCAUAGAGAUCGCUCCUGGCGUCGAGGUCGACCUGUACAACCUCCAUGCCGAUGCUGGAAGCGACACGGGUGAUUCUAACGCCCGUCGCGCUGGCAUCCAGCAGAUCCUGAGCUACAUCGAUGCCAACUCGGGCGGUCGUCCCGUCAUCAUCGGCGGAGACACCAACGAUCGCUGGACGAAUGCCGCGCGCAGCGUCGACCUUUUGACGGAUGCCGGGUUCGCAGACUCCUGGGUCGAGCUCAUCAAGGGUGGGAGCUAUCCGACGGCUGGUGCACCUGCAGAUGCCUGUGCGGUGCCGGCUGCUUCCAACAGCUGUGAGGUUGUUGACAAGAUCUUUUACCGCCCAGGCGACCUUGUCACGCUUGAGGCGACGCAAUGGAGCUACCAGUCGAGCUCCUUUGUUCAGCCAGAUGGCAAUGUCUUGUCGGACCACAACCCUAUCCUGGUUGAGUUCUCUUGGACUUCCUGA